AUGCUCACGGAACUGACUUGCGAAGAAGUCGAGGUUAUUGCCGAAGGUGCUUCCCACGAUGGAGAUUCUCACGGAGAACAUGAAAGCGGCACAAUUUCUCCAGCAGUAACAUCAGUCGCAGCUACUGGUGCUGCAGAGACGCCCAAAGUGACAGCACUUAGCGCUUGCCAUAUGCAUGAGACCCAGCAAUUCUGUAUGGGCCCGAGUGCUACAGAUGACAGUUUCUGCAUGUCUCCUGCUGGUGGUGAAGUCCUUGCCCAAGUACAAACGGCAGACGGAGAAGAGCCAGCUGGAGAGGUUUCGGCUGAUGGCGGAACUUGUGAAGCUGUCGAACGCGACUACAAUAUUCCAUUGCGUAUCGGUCUCGUGUUUGCCAUCCUUGCCACCGCAUCUAUUGGUGUUUUCGGGCCAAUCUUCCUCUCGCUUGGUAGGUUCAAGCGUGGUAGUAUUGUCAUGUCGAUCAUCAAGCAGUUUGGUACUGGUGUGAUCAUCUCGACCGCACUCGUACAUGCUACCACUGCAGCUAUCGUGAUGGCAGGUAUCGUCAUCUCGUUCGUUCCUGAGUAUGUCGGAGCCAGGGUUUUUCUCUGGCGUGUGUCAAAGCAUACUGCUCCCUCAUCGCCAUCACCCGAGCAAAGUCAUGAACCGAAAGGAGCAGAUACUACUGAAACCUCUGUUGGUCACCACCUCGUACACUCCGGAGAUGCUCAUACACAGUCUCCUGCUCUGCAAAAACUCAAGGUCAACAUCAUGGAAGCUGGGAUUAUCUUCCACUCGCUGCGUGAGUUUCACCAUGGCCAAUGUCGAUGA